CUCUACGGAGCAGAUGUGUGUACAUAAACAACACGGAGAAAAUGCGAAAGCAUAAAUAGAUACUUAUUUUGUUUUUGGUCGUUAAGUUUUCGCGGUUUUAAUUAUUUGGGAUGGCCGGCCAUCUUCCCGUAUCAUGCUGUGUUUCUGGAUGUAAAACCACCGUUAAAUGUGUAAAAAAUAUAAAAUCGCUAGUCUUUCCUUUCGUUUCCGAGAAACCACUGAGAAAUAGGCUUAAGGAUGAAUGUUUGUACAGAAAACGAUAUCAGCUUUGGCUGGAGACACUCCAACUGCAACCGGAAUAUGCAUCUUCUUCGUGGAUCUGUCACAAACAUUUCGUUCGGGGGCGUCCAGCUCUUACAAGGCAACAUGAGGACAUUGAUUGGGUUCCAACAUUGGAGCUCUCUACCGAUCCAGUUCCUCCACCCUCUCCUGCAUAUAAAAACAUGAGUGCUAUGCUGGAAGAUAUCGGACCCCAAUUGGAUACAACUAUUGAACCGAAGAUUGAGCGUAGAUUAUCAAUCGAUGAACAAACCAGUCGAAACGAAGGACGUGAUCUGGUAAAUCCGUUCUGUCGGCUUUGUUUGGGUAGGGCCGCAGAACUGCGUCCUCUUUUUUCACGACAAAAUGCCGAUAAUCGCCUUCUAGAACUAAUAGAUGAACUCGUUUGCAUUUAUAUUGACCACGAAACCGAUUACAAUUGCUUUAUUUGCGACGAUUGUGAGAAAAAAUUAGAGGAAUUUCAAAGCAUCAAAUUGCGGUGGAAGGCAAAUGACUUCGAUUUAAAGUCUUACCGUCAGAAUCUAUCCACUCUGGCGACUAUUUAUGCCAGCGAAUACAUGCCUCAGGAACAGAACCUACCCAAUGCUUCGAUGUCCGAAUCAACCGAAUCAAUUAUUCAAACCAAGAACGAACCAUACAUCCAAAUUGAGUUUCAAAAUGAACUUGAAGAGGAGGCGUCCGAUCCAAGUAACGAACAAUGUUUUUCUUCCGAGGAUUUGACAGCUACAGUAUCUGUAGAGUGUUUAAAUGAAUGUAAUGAGGCAGAUCAAAGUGGAGUUAAUUUAGGCCAAAUAACCAUGCUACCGGAGCUAGAUAUGAAAAUAGAAGUAGAAGAGCCGCAGCUACAAAACGUUGCGAGCAGUUAUGGCAUCCAAAGAAAUGAUCCCGAAGCUGCUACAUCCGAAAUCGAAGAGAAAGAAAGGCUAAUACGAAAGGUUAUGAAAAUGAUUCGAUCCCGAUUUCGGACCCGGGAGAAGAAGCCCAAAUGGAAAGGAAAAAAACAGGAAAAGCACGCGCGCUUUAGAGAAUAACUGUUUUGCCGAGAAUCGGUUUUUACGCUUAGAUAAUUUUAAUUUAAAAUACAGUAGAACCCCGAUUAUCCGCGGAAACGAGUUCCAUAGUAAUUCAAUGGACCUUCCCCGAAUUUGUCAGUAAGUGGUAGGUUUUUGUUCUUUUGUUAUGAUCAUGGCUUUAACAUUAUUUGACCACUCGUGAACACGCGUGUACAGAUGGACAAUUUAGUGAUUCCUGUAUUGAUAAAACUGAGUUUUAUCAGUAUUUAUAUAUAUUUUAUGGUUUUUGCAUCUCAUUUUGAGUCAUUCAUUGCGUUAUCCUCGACCUCUAAUUUCGGGAUCCGCGGUGACCUUGCGGCAGUCUUCCGAAAACAUGUUGUGUUGCGCUCGAGUUUAAUUUUCAUCAGCGCGUUCAUAACAAGCACGUAUUCUCUCUUGGUACGAAAUGCACCAAACUCGGAAACAAGUGAGCGCAUAAUGAACCCGGCGCAGAAUUCAGGUACUAAACAUCGCUUCUAACGUGUGUGAUGCCCGAGUCAUUUUAUACACACAUGAAAAACAUGAAAUUCCAGCGUCCCUUUUGUCUUCGCUCGUUUUAAGCUAAGCAUAAAACAAAAAGCGCGCCUCCAUACCAACGGUAUACGCUUGUGUGAUGAAAAAUAACUUAAUAGAGAAAGCAAAGCAGAUAAACCGGAUUCGAGUGCGGUUUAAAACUGGGUGUAUAAACCGGUUUAACGAUACGCUGCAGUAAAGAUGUUCGAACCGUAAGGUGAAGGUGGAAGGAAGCCACAAAUGGCUGCCACAAUGGCGCUCAUUUCUUUCAUCUCCCUCCCUCACCCCUCGCCCGAAAAUCAAUAAUUUUGCGAAACAGUGUAAAGAAAAUGAUCGUUUUCGCACACUUCCCAUCAGGUAAUAUCAACCAAACUAUAAUCGAUUACUCACAAAAUAUUAAAUUUUCAUCUGCUGUCGCAAUGUAUAGUGAAAAACGUCGGGAAACUCGAGCUAGUGCUCUGAAAGUUAAAUUUGCAUUUUUCAAUUUUCGGCGAUGGUUUCGUUUGUAUUGGUGAAAGCAUCGUUAUUUUUUCGACACUGAUGCCAGACAACAUUAUCGAAACAGCUACAAAAAACCACUCAAUAAAAUAUUUUUCCUGAGCGUUUCAUGUCAUGAAAAUCAAUCGAAUAAAAUUGUGUUGAUAUCAAUACAAUAAUUAUUUUUACGUUUAAUAGGUCUAUAAUGUAAGUUUUAGCAACUUUUACAUUGGGUAAGAAAAUUGUAUUGCAGAGCUUGGCUGCAUAUGCUCUCAAAAACAGUAAACGGAAAAGUAUUACAUUCAUUCAAAAUGCCUCGGCCAACGAAGAGAAGGGUUAAGGCUCUUCAACGUGAAUAUGUGAAAACAAUACGAUCAAUGAAGGAAAAUAUUGAGGAAUUAUCAACAUCAAGUUACUAUGCGGAAGAACUUGUUAAGACCCAAAAGAGCCCCAAUUCGCAUUCGCAUUAUAAAUUUGCUCAUGUUACGCUCGCGUAUAAUUAGAAUUUUACUUGAUAUGCAAAUGCACCUUCUAUGUAUAUUUAUAUUUGCAAUUGUUCAUCGGAACAUAUCGUUCAUACAUUUUACUUUAGUGUUGAAUUGUUAUUUGUUUUCAAAUGUAUUCAAAGACUCGUGUCAAUGGAGCGCCACACAGUCUGAUAAGUGAUCUAUUUACGUGUGCUUUGCUCUUCUCUCACAGACACUAUUACUCCAUUUUUACGCGUGGGUUUACCUAUACUACUACAAUGGCUAGUUUCCACCUUAACCUUAAAGCGUAGAAGACUGCCUUUCGAGACUAUUCCCCGGAUAAUCGGUGUUCUACUGUAAAUCGAAUAUUUUAAUAAAAUAUAACCACACCACAAUUAGGAUUAGUUUGGUGAAUAAUGGGACUCAAAGCCCAUUCUUGAAAGAAACUACAUAUUGUAGCAUCCGCUCUUACGUUUGAUUCGCAAACCAUUCCUAUUUUAUUCGUUCAACUGUUUGAUUGUUCAACGGCUGUGACCAGAUUUCCUGUGCACGAGCGCAUAAAUUUCGAGAAACUAGUAUCGUUUUGACGUAGGAUUACGUCCCAUAUUAAUAAUGCCAAAUCAGAAAACAGGUCACGUUUUUAUGAAAUAAAGUUAACGUUAAUAACUAUUUUUGCGGCACGAAUUUUAACGAUUUGCAUACCAAUCGAAUCGGAAAUUUUCUAAGAUUUGUUUAAUACGCUAUACAUUACAAUCCUAUAGUCUGUAUAUGGUUUAAAUUGAUGAGAAUCGGAAGCAUUCCCAUUUCCCCAUACAUUUG